GGGAGCAGCCGGGGCUGGCGGCGAGCCCAGCCCGGCUUCCCCGCCUCUAUAUAAACACACAUUGACUUUCUGUUACCCGAACUCACAUCGCGAGGGGCUAUACCGAGGCAGCCCUGCCUCCUCUUUACAGGAGUCUUGUGAAAAGUCUGGGGCUAACAAAUAACCGGCGUAUAUAUAUAUAUAUAUAUAUAUUUAUAUAUAUAUUUAUGGAGAUAUAUUUAUGUGGAGGGAGAUAGAGAUAUAAACCGAUCUGUCUCGCUCCGUGUGUAUAGAUACAUAUAUAGAGCUAUUUAAUUCUUCCAUCUCUCCAGGUCUUUGCUGACUUAUUUUAAGAUUUUUUUUUUAGUAUUUUUAAAAAUCUCGCUCCUUUUUUUUUUUUUUUCUUUCAUUUUUUUUUCUCCUUCUGGUGUGUGUGGCUUGCCUUGAAAGCGAGCGAGAGCCAGAGCAUCUGCAUUUGGACUUUUUGGGGGUCUUUUUUUUUUUCAUUCCGGGGUUUUCCUUUUUAUUUUUUUUUUCUCGCGUUUUUGGCUACUCAGGGCCCCCACGCCCCUCUUUUGGGGGCUCUCCUGUUGCUUUUUUCUUUUUUCCUCUCUUUUAGUGUUGUUGGUGUGUUUUUCUUUUUUUUUUUUCUUUCUUUAUUUUUUUUUUUUUCGCCUGUGUCACUCUGUCAAGUUUAUUCCAAACAAGAACAAAGUUUUCAGAGAGGGACAGAGGAGAAACUGCUUUUUUGCCCCUUUUCAAUUUUUCCUUGCCCCCUUUUUUUUUUUUUUUCCCCCUCCUUUUUUCCUGCUGUUUUUCUAACCUGCCGGCGGAGAGGGGGGCGAGCGCGGCCCCCCCGCCCCAGGACCCCCCAGGCAGGGUCAGUGUGCGCUCCGCAAUCGCCCUCUUUUCGUGCGUGCGUGUGUGUGGGUGCGAGUGUGGUGCCUGUCAAGGGGCUGUUUCUCUCCCCACCCUCCUCCUCCUCCUUCUUCCAAAUAUGCUUUUUGAAAGUUUUGAUCUCGUCUCGGCACUGGCUACCCUCGCGGCGUGCUUGGUGUCACUGACUUUGCUGCUGGCCGUGUCCCAACAGCUGUGGCAGCUCCGCUGGGCUGCCACCCGCGACAAAACCUGCAAGCUACCAAUCCCUAAAGGCUCUAUGGGAUUCCCUUUAAUCGGAGAAACCUUCCACUGGCUCCUGCAGGGCUCCUGCUUCCAGUCUUCGCGGCGGGAGAAGUACGGGAACGUGUUCAAGACGCACUUGCUGGGGCGGCCGCUGGUGCGGGUGACGGGCGCGGAGAACGUGCGGAAGAUCCUGAUGGGGGAGCACCACCUGGUGAGCACCGAGUGGCCGCGCAGCACCCGCAUGCUGCUGGGGCCCAACACCGUGGCCAACUCCAUCGGCGACAUCCACCGGCACAAGAGGAAGGUUUUCUCCAAAAUCUUCAGCCACGAGGCCCUGGAGAGCUAUCUGCCCAAGAUCCAGCUGGUGAUCAAAGACACCCUCCGGGCCUGGAGCAGCAACCCCGAGUCCAUCAACGUCUACCACGAGACCCAGAAGCUCACCUUCCGCAUGGCCAUCCGCGUCCUGCUGGGCUUCCGCAUCCCCGACGAGGAGCUCAGCCGCCUCUUCGAGGUCUACCAGCAGUUUGUGGAGAACGUCUUCUCCUUGCCCAUGGACCUGCCCUUCAGUGGCUACAGGAGGGGCAUCCGGGCACGUGAGACGCUGCAGAAAGGGCUGGAGAAAGCCAUCCAGGAGAAACUGCAGAACACACAAGGCAAGGACUAUGCUGACGCACUGGACAUCCUGAUAGAGAGCGGCAAAGAGCACGGCAAGGAGCUCACCAUGCAGGAGCUGAAGGACGGCACCCUGGAGCUCAUCUUCGCCGCCUACGCCACCACCGCCAGCGCCAGCACCUCUCUGAUCAUGCAGCUCCUCAAACACCCGCGGGUGCUGGAGAAGCUGCGGGAGGAGCUGCGCAGCAAGGGCAUCCUCCACAACGGCUGCAUCUGCGAGGGCUCCCUGCGGCUCGACAACAUCAACGGCCUGCACUACCUGGACUGCGUCAUCAAGGAGGUGCUUCGCCUCUUCACCCCCAUUUCGGGGGGGUACCGGACGGUGCUGCAAACCUUCGAGCUGGAUGGUUUCCAAAUCCCCAAGGGCUGGAGCGUCAUGUACAGCAUCCGGGACACCCACGACACCGCCCCCGUCUUCAAGGAUGUGGACGUCUUCGACCCCGACCGCUUCGGGCAGGGCCGCAGCGAAGACAAGGAGGGCAGGUUCCACUACCUCCCCUUCGGAGGGGGCGUACGGACCUGUCUGGGGAAGCACCUGGCCAAGCUCUUCCUCAAGGCGCUGGCCAUCGAGCUGGCCAGCACCAGCCGCUUCGAGCUCGCCACCAGGACUUUCCCCAAAAUCACCCUGGUGCCCGUGGUCCACCCAGUCGACGGACUCAAGGUCAAAUUCUUUGGACUGGAUUCCAACCAGAACGAGAUCCUGACGGGGACAGACGCUAUGCUGGGGGCCACGGUGUAGAGCCCGCAAGGGACGGGCGGCUGGGGACAGAGGGGUGGGGUGGGGACACGGGGACGAACAGGAGGGGAGGGGAGAGGACCGAGAAGCUUCUCCACGACGCUCGCUUCGCGGAGACUCCGGGUCGGGACUGCUUUCUCCACCGGUGAAGCUGCCAAAACCGUUCUGCUCCGGGCGUGGAGAAGGUUGGGGUGGCUUCGUGCCUCUCACUUCCUUCGAAAAGAGGGAGAGUCGCAAAUCCUGAGUAGAACUGGGACUGUCUGACCAUACACAGUAUCUAAAUAUUAUAAAUAUAUAUAUAUAAAUAUCUAUAAAACACUUCUGCUGCGAGGAGGAGCGCUGCAAAGCCCCGACUGCGGGAAAGGCUUUGGAAAUCAGCUGGCAACCAGAGGUCUGGUAGCCCAGGGCGGCUCUUGGGUGGCCGCUGGGCUUUUUUUUAACAGUGUUAAAUUAGCUGGUGAUAACAGUGUUUUUUGUUUUUGUUUUUGUUUGUUUGUUCAGUUGUGUUUUUUGUUUUGGGGCUUUGGGGACUUCCCUGGGUGAGGGGCAGAUGAGUGAUGCCCAUUCCCACCCCAUCCCCUGGGUAGGUUGGGGGGGUGCUGCCGUUUCGCCUCUGCUGCGGGACCGAAAAACCCUGUGGUGCCUUGUCUGGGACCGAGAAGACGGCGAGCUGUCUCUCCAAGGCCUUGGACAAGUGCGUUUUUGCAUUUUGCAAAAUGGGCUCUGGGGUGUGGGGGGGGCUUCUGUUUUUUCUCAUUGAGUUUCCUGCUGCUGCUACACAGCCUGUGGGCACCCGUCCCGUUCCCCCCCCCCCCUUGCCUUCUCCACGCAGAGGCACCCAUUUGGGGGCAUUUUGGUGCCUUUGCUCUCCCUCAGGGUGCAGGCACUGGCCUUCAAAGCGUGCGGCUCCCCAGACCUGCGAGCAGCAGGGCACCCAGCAAAGCUGCCCUGCUCAGAGCUGCUCCUUUCAGGUGCGCCCUCUUACACGGGAGGCAUUUGCAUUAAAGGUGAUCUCUA